AUGUCAGUCAGAGCUCAGUAUCGCGAUAACCAGCGUCCCCAACGCAACCGAAGAAACCAGGGUAACCAGCGCGGCCAGGCCGCUCAGCGCCCAGAUGAAAUAGAAUGCCUAUCCUGCUGGCAGAGCGAGUUACACUGUGACGGCGCCAAGCCCGCCUGCAACCCGUGUUUCCAGAAAGGCACUCCGUGCAACUACAGAUGGCAUCGUCCUCGCAACGAGCCCCUCGUCGUCAAAAAGACCUUUACCACAAUUCAGACGGGCUGCACAAACUGCUUCAACCGGUGGUGGCUCUGUGAUGGCCGCACGCCCCGCUGUCAGAACUGCGCCAAUAUCCACGGGGAAUGCAUCUACGACGGCGGUGGCGAGUCCGCCCCGAUCAACCCUAAUGAGGGCGACGAGUAUAUGGAAAGCAAUUGGGAUCAUACCAUGGGCUUUGACGAGUACAUGGACGGCCAGUAUGAUGUCAUCAGAUCCGGAGGCCCAGUCAAGUUUGAGAGAACUCCUGAACCACAUGGUCGCCAUUAG